AUGGCGGCGGUCGGGGACUGCCUGCGCGCCGUAGGGCUGCAGUUCUGGGCGGACUCAGUGCAGGCUCUGCCCGCCCUGCUGGCCCCCGCCGUGCUGCUAGGGCUGCUGCUGGGCGCCGCCGCCGCCGCCCUGCUCUGCCGCUGCGCGCUCGGGCCGCGCCGGGGCGGAGAGAAAGAUUAUUCUCAAAGACUUCUGGAAAGCUUCAACCCUGGUGAAAAAGAGCACACAGUUGUGAAAAGUGAAGCAGAGCCCUAUACAUCAAAAGAGGAAAUGGUGCUGGAGGAAAGUGAGUCUCCUCUGAACAGUAACAUCACAGCAUUUGCAUUAAAAGCUAAAGUGAUCUAUCCUAUCAACCAGAAAUUUAGGCCUUUGGCAGAUGGCUCAUCCAAUCCAUCUUUGCAUGAGAAUCCAAAGCAGGCAGUUCUGCCUAAUCAGGUGGUGGAGACAUCCAUGUCAGGCAGCCUGGGAUCUCUGAGCCAGGGAGACAAAGGGGACUGUAGUUCCUCCACAACAAUCCAUUCCACAACAAGCGAUGACAGAUUUCAGGCUCGGGCCUUCCUAAAGGUGGCAAGCUUCCCUGAAGUGCUGACAUGUGAAAGUUUUGAUGUUAAGCUCUGCCUUUGCAGUCUUAUUUUAAAAGAUCUCAUGCUUCUUGAUACUGAACUCAGAAAAGAAAAACAUGUGAUGUUUAUUCAGAUUUUCAAGAUAUACCUCACAGACUUCCAUCGUAAAAAGAAGAUUACUGAUGGUUUGUUGAAGAAGAUCCUUUUAAAUCAGGAAAAUAAUUUUGGAGAAUUACAGAAACAACUUGACUCCAGACUCCAGAAUACUGAAAUGUCAGGAGGGCAUAAUUUGGAGUUCCAGACUCUAGAAGACAUAGAAAGGAAGGAAAGGGAGUACUCCGAGCACGUAAUAGAUAAUAUGGAAGCCUUCUGGAAGCAGACUGACAAAGCCCAGCAGGACUUUUUGGACCAAUCAAAAUGCUCAAGUGCCAAAGCAGCAAAGAUAAUGAUGGAUCUGACUGAGAAGAUGAUUGCAGUAGAAAGCUUGUUAAGUGAAUCUCAAGACUUGCAGGCGAUGGACAUUCAGGAAAGGUUAUUCAACUGGGAGCUAAUGGUGAAAAUGAUCGAUUCACUGAAGUCCUCUAUACCAGAAGAGUGUAAAGGUAGAUUAAAUACUGUGUCAAAUAUUCUGGACCACUUAACUGUAAAGAAUAAUCUUUCAGUCCGACAAAAGGAAGAACUUCUAACAGAUCUGCACAAGGCCUUCUGGGAGCAGCUGGCACAUUACAGUAAUGAAUGCAUUCAACAGAGUAAAGACCUGAUCUUGAAACGGCUGGAGCGCCGUGCAGAGAAGAAGGAAGAGUUCAGACGUAGACAGGAAGCUGAACAAGAGAGUCUACUUAACAAAACUUUUCUUACUGAAGAUGUUCAUAAUUUUCUCAAGGCUUACCAUGAGCUGAUGGAGAAACACUGGCAAGCACAGUGGGAUCUGGAGGAGGAGGAUGACUGUGAGAGCGCAGAGGCUGUCACCGAUCUGUACAAGGAGCUGUACUCUAAGGCUUCCCAUGCUUUAGCAGAGUUGGUGACGGAGCUGUUUCUUCAGACCCUGCCUGUGGUGACCAGUCUCUCUGUAAGAGAAUGUGAGCUUCUGAAGGAGGAAUGGCAGGAGAAUUUGGUCCCUGAGCUGGAGAAAUGGGAGAACCACCGCCAGAGACGCUGGAAGCUUUUCCAGGAACAGCUGUUGCAAGAAAAAGAACUCUGGAUAACGGAAUAUGCUCUGUCUGCUGUGAUGCAAAAGCACCUGUCUGAGAAACAAGAGAAGAUAAUUCAAGGUGUCGUAAGCAGACUAGGAUGCCUCAGCGAUGAGUCUGUUAGCUAUAUAUUGCAAAAGCACCAACUUCUGCUGUGUUCAGUACUCAGAAGGUUAACCUUCCGAAGAGUUGGAAUGGCAACCCUGGCGCGCAUGCGACUGUCCAGAAAGAAGAGCUCGCUUCAGGAGCUGAGAGAGCAGCAUACCCUGCAGAAGGGAUCCUCCCUGUGCCAAGAUGAGGACCAGUGGCAGUUACAGAAGGCAGUGGAGUCCCACAUUCGUGAAGAGGAAGAGAAGCUUGAGGAAGAAACACAAGAAACCAAUUUAGAAUUUCACCAGCAGCUAGUCACAGAAAUCCAAGAAGCUCUUCAGUUUCUUCAGCAGCACAUGGCGCAGGUGAUUGGGCAGACACUGCUGCAGUACGCCCGGGGGGAAGCUGAAAGAAAGAGUUCAGAUGAUGGACAGGACUUCAAGGAGAAACUGGUGGAAUCUGCUGUUGAAAGUGUGUAUGGGACCAGUAAUAAUAUCAGUAGACUGGUGCAAAACUACUACCAGCAAUUAGGAAAAAUCACAGAAGGCUAUGAAGGAAAAAAGCUCCAACAUCUGAAAUCCUUACAAGCAGAAAGAAAUGAAAGGAUCAGACUGAAGAGUAAAGAGAAGGAACUGGCAUUGAAGGAAAAACACACCAAAGGCCUCCUAAAUGUGUCAUCCACGGUCCACCAAAGGGUAGUGCUACAGCAAAACAAGAUUUUGGCUCGGUUUGAACAGCAGCAACAAAUUCGUCUGGAGUCUCUGAAACAGAAGCUGCUGGGAUUGCACCACCUAGAAACUGAGUUGGAGAAGCAGCUAAGGGAAGCAGAGCAGGACUUUGUGAGAGAGUUGGCUGUGCUGACCCGAGUUCCACUGACUCUGAAGAGGAAGCCUUCCAAAAGGAGCAAGCCAGCAGGUGAAAAAGCAAAUUCCAAAAGGCAGACCAUCCAGUCACCCGAACCAGCAGAAAAAGAUGAUUCUCGUGAAUAUAUUCAAGAGCCCCAUGGAAAAACUUCUGGCUUAUGCAGAGAGAAGUCACAGAGUUCACAUGAAGGGGAGACUGAACCAAGGAAAAACUCGAAGAUGUUAAAAAAGAAAGGCAGCAGCCAAGACUGGUAAUAUUAGAGCGCCCACCGGGAGGUGCCACGAUGCGGUGGCCAGUACGACGUGGGUUGUUGUCGUCAAUCUGAG